CUUAAUCAUUUAAACAUAGAGUCUUAUUCUAUACGCCUGAACUAGUUAAGCUAAUGGCUUCUCAGGCAAUUGACAGCCACAGGGAGGGCGCCGAGGUCUUCAAGGGAGAUGAAAUCUGCAGGAAGAAGUCGAUUGAAUUGCUCGAAGAGCUCUGCCUUCCAAAGGGUCUGUUUCCCUUGGAGAACAUUGAGGAAUUCGGCUAUAACCGUGUUUCUGGUUUCAUCUGGCUCAUUCAGAAGAAGAAGAAAGAUCAUGUUUUCAAACAGAUCAAGAGAGCCGUGUCAUAUGCUCCGGAGGUGACUGCCUUCGUUGAGAAGCACAAGUUGAAGAAGCUGACUGGUGUUAAGACGAAGGAGCUCUUGUUAUGGCUCUCUGUUGUAGAAGUCUAUUUGGAGACUCCCACAUCUGAGAAACUCACAUUCAAAACUGGAACAGGGCUCUCUGAUAGCUUUAUUGCUUCUGCUUUUGAGCUGUAGAGCUAUCUCACAGUCAGUACUGCAUUACACAUGUUAUGCAUUAUGUUAUUAGUCUUUUUUUUCGAGUUUUUCAAAAGAUUCACUGUAUCUGGUUUAUAUGAUUGUAGCUUUGUGCUUCUUACUGAAAUUUUAGUUUGCUUGUUAAUCUGUUAUACAAUUCUUGAAUGCAAAGCAGCUUUA